AUGCGCAGUGCAACGAAAUAUGUCAAUAGAGAAAGGGUUGGUACAAAAUCAUUGCACGUGUGCGCAUCACUGCUCUCCGGCAACGGUAAACAAUUUCCAUUACGGCCUGCAUAUGCGACGAUGUUCAAUGACUGCCAAGGGCUGACUCUUCGACGCGCUAUACUCGACCUUCGUACAGAUGUAUUCGCACACGGUCAACUAUACACAGCGCUGUUUAGGGCACGAAAUCGUCGCGAUAUUCAGGCGUUGUUUUCACACACACACAAGUGA